UUAGUGUACCUCCCAUUUAUUACCUUUGUCUUUUGCCUCCAUUCCUUCUCCAUCCACUAAAUGCUCUUUGCCUUCCCUUCUCUUCCAUUACCUUUUCUUACUGAAUUUGCAGGUCCCUUUCUCUUUCUAUCACUUCUCCAGUUAGGGUUUUCCUCUUUGAGGCUCAGCACCAGCCCCCCCUGCAAUAAAUCUGUGAAUUGUUUCACACCCUUCACUGGCCAAGGGCUACCUUGUAUCUUGGUAGGAGCAAAGAAGCAUCCUCCCCAAAGAGCUCAUAUAAGGGAAAAGUGUGCAAAUGGCUUCCUCCAGCUCUUACAAUUCACCCUGUGCUGCUUGCAAGUUCUUGAGGAGGAAAUGCAUGCCAGGUUGCAUCUUUGCACCUUACUUCCCACCAGAAGAACCCCAAAAAUUUGCCAAUGUUCACAAGAUCUUUGGAGCAAGCAAUGUGACGAAGCUCCUCAACGAGCUCCUCCCUCACCAAAGAGAGGAUGCAGUGAAUUCCCUUGCCUAUGAAGCUGAGGCGAGAGUAAGAGAUCCAGUUUAUGGCUGUGUUGGUGCCAUCUCUUUCCUGCAGAGACAAGUUCAAAGGCUCCAGAAAGAACUUGACGCAGCCAACGCCGAUUUGAUUCGUUAUGCCUGCAACGACAUCCCAACAGCCUUGCCUGCACCGCCAGGGGCGAGCUCAGUUCAGCCUCUAACUCCCCGUCACAGGCCAGCUGAUUUUAAUAGAAGGAUUGGUAAUGAAGGAGCUGGAGGCUUCUAUCACCCCACUGGUGCUUUCCCCCUCCCUUAUUCUUUUCCCUGGAAUGAUAACUCUUCUGGUGACAUCAACGAUGGAGGAGGAGAAGGCGGCAUGUGAAAUCCAACCAAGACAAGUUCCAAACUGUCGGCCCCCAUUUAGGGUUUUUUCCAUCUGGGGCAUGGCUCUUGGUGUGUGAUGCUACUUACAUAUUUUUAGUUAAGGUUUCUGGCUAGCCUCUCUCGGUGUCUCUCGCUUGGACUCUCCCUAGCUAGAAUUUCACUUAACUUUCUAUUGUUUUCCUUCCUAUUAAUUUGGUGGGUUGAGUACUCUUUUUUUUUUUGCUCUCUGAUCUCUUUAUCCUGCUAAUACCAGGGGCUUAAAAAUGUG